AUUUUAUGCAUCAUCCACUUGUUCUAUCGCACGGCGAGAUUCUUGAAAUACCGUUAACAACACGUAAUUGGUCUGUGGAAAACGAGGACUAGUUUCUAUUCAACUUAAGUACAUAAUGAUGUCGCAAACUUGCCGGCAACAAGUUCUACUGGGAAGGUGUCCAGCGAUCCCUUGCGCGCCAGCCCUAACCGUCCGGCGAUGGGCUUCCCACCACGUUUGCCGAGUAGCCAGCGCCACGCCGUCAACCACCCAAACAUCAAACAAUGGGAGUCAUGCACCAGCGCCAGGCGUUGUGCUUGCCCCCGAAGCGCCUCCGCCCCCACCUCCGGGCGUCCUGGCUCCAUUGGCCGCAUACAACAAUAUCGUCAACCUCGGAGUUGCCAAGGCAGCCAUGCCCGCUUGGAAGACCCUAAUCAUGGGCGUUAUGGCGGGCUGCUAUAUUAGCUUCGGCGGCUUCCUCGCCAUCACUAUUGCGGGCAUGUGCGCAGGCCUGGGCGUAACCAAUCCCGUCCUCACGCGCCUGGCCAUGGGGGCUCUGUUUCCCUUCGGCCUGCUCAUCACCUUGGUGUGCGGCGCGGAGCUCUACACGGGGAACACCGCCUUGGUGACGGCGGCGGUUCUGGAGAAAAAAGCUGAUGUCAAGGAUCUGGCCAAGAACUGGAUCUGGUCGUACGUUGGGAAUCUGAUUGGCAGCUUGCUGAUGGUCGCGCUUGUGGCAGCUUCUGGACUGCUCGCGGCGUCCCCCGUGCCGGCCAACAUGGCGGUUGCGAAAACGGCCAUUCCCUUUGGCCAGGCGGUCGUACGUGGCGUGUUGUGCAACUGGCUGGUGUGCUCCGCCGUGUGGAUGGCCUCCGCCGCCACCUCCCUACCGGGCAAGAUGCUGGCGGCGUACCUCCCCGUCAUGGCCUUCAUUGCACUGGGACUGGAGCACUCGGUGGCGAACAUAUGUGUCUGUCUGUGA